AUGAGACUGAAAGCCCUGGAGAUGGCCUCUGUAGCCGCAAUAGUGUUGGCGACUCGUUCUGAAGGUUUGUAUACUGAACUUCCAACUGAUCUCACAGAAGUCGACGUCAUAAUUGCUGGAGGAGGCACUGCGGGCAGCAUCGUCGCCUCACGACUCGCUGAAGCAGACCCUUCCCUGUCAAUUCUCAUUAUCGAGCAGGGGAAAGACAGCUUCAAUGUCACAAACGUCAUCUACCCAGCCUUAUUCGAGCGGAAUACCCUGCCCAAUUCGGAUACUGCUCUGUUCUGGAAGGCCAAUAAGUCACCGCAGCUAGCGAACCGUGAGCCAGUUGUUGAAACAGGCGGCAUUCUUGGGGGUGGAUCAGCUAUCAACUGGAUGGUGUACACCCGUGGGCAGUGGGACGAUUGUAACUCCUGGAACACGACGGGGUGGUCUGCGGAAGAAUUGCUGCCGCUUCUGGCAAAGAUCGAAACGUAUCACGGCGCAACUAACAAUCAAUCCACUCACGGGUAUGAUGGACCAAUUCAUGUAUCAAAGGGAACACACCAAGCGCCUCGAGCUGAAAGAGGCUGGAUUGAUGGGGCCGUAGAGGCAGGUUGGUCAGAGGUAGAAGACCUUCAAAGUCUGCACUCCAACAAUGGCUCCGGGCCCUGGUAUCGAUAUGUCUCGCCCACCGACGGCCGUCGCCAAGAUGUCGCACGUCGUUACUUACAUCCACUUCUGCAAAGUGGCGAGUAUCCUUACCUGAGUGUGCUAGUAGAAACCCAGGUUCUCCGUGUUGUGUUUGAGGGAGAAGAGAACCGCGCCGCUGGAGUGGAAAUCCGACCCAAUCCCGCAUUCGCGAAGGAUACCGGAAACAACAGCACGACGAGAGUCAAGGCCAGAAAGCUAGUAGUUGCUUCCGCAGGAUCCUUUGGAACUCCAUUGCUUCUAGAAAGAUCCGGUGUUGAUCAUCACUUUGUUGGGUACGUCUACCGCACAAACCUCGACCAGAACGAGACCAUCAACGGAAUAGCCCGAAAUGAUAAAGGGCGAGACGUGGAUGCGAUGAUUGCCGCCGACGACAAGCAACUUGGAUGGAACGGUCACGAUGCCUCUAGCAAGUUCAGACCGUCUCCUGCUGAUAUUGCAGCUUUGGGGCCAGAAUUCCAAGCUGCUUGGGACAGGGACUUCGAGGACUCACCCAACCGUCCUCUCAUGAUCAUGGGACUCUUCAAUGCCUACUUUGGCGACCCUGCCACUCUUCCUGAUGAUGCUGAGUACGUUACCACAGCACCCUGGGUAACAUACCCAUACGCGAGGGGCCACAUUCAUGCUACUGGGCCGAGUAUAGAUGAUCAGUACGACUUCACCACUGGGUGGCUACUUGACGAGAACGAUAUCGACCUGAAGAGCCACAUCUGGGGGUACAAGACGCAACGAGCCAUCGCUCGUCGGAUGGAAAUCUUUCGAGGCGAGCUCGCACUAGGGCACCCUAAGUUCGCCAACACAUCGAGCGCCGCUGUCAUUGAGGUGGCUGAAGGACCGGUCACUGAUUCCAUUGAGUACUCUAUCGAGGACGAUGCUGCAAUCAUCCAGUACAUACGUGAAAACAUUGGGACGUCAAGGCAUCCUCUUGGUACCUGCAAGAUGGCGCCCCGGGAGAACCGAGGGGUUGUCGACCCCCUUCUGAACGUCUACGGCGUGUCCGGGUUGAAGGUUGCGGAUCUUAGCGUGCCAUCUCAGCAAGUCGCUGCCAAUACUUACAACGCUGCACUGCUGGUGGGGGAAAAAGCUGCAGAGAUCAUCAUCACAGAGUUGGGACUCUGA